UUUGGAUAUCUGGCCAGGCUGGUUUAAACUUUAAAUAAAGAUGGGCCCCUGUUGCUGCUCUGAGGGAGGCGAAGCAGAUUCAGCGCCUGGGACUGGCAGCUAUGUUUUAAAUAUCAGGCCGUUUGUCAAUGCUUUUAAAUAUAGAGAGCCAAACUAAGACCUGGGAGAGAUCAGGGUUCAAGGGGCAACAGGACAUUGUGUUGUGUUGCAUUGUGUUACAGAUCCUCUUCUCAAAUGUAGGCAAUGGACACGAUCCGGAUCAUCGGUCUUAGAGGGUUGCCAUAUUUUGAAGAGCAAAGAAGAAGACGCGACGGCAGCCGUUCCAAGCAAAUAAAUACAAUUUGUCUCAAAUUUCACCCCUGAAAAAGAGGAGCUGUCCUGCGAAAAGAGGACACAUGGCCACCCUGCCACUGGACUAUGGGGCGAAGAAACCUUGUUGUCAUAGGAAUGGCCAGAGCCAUUUCUCCUCCUCCCCCCCCAAUAGCCAUUUCCUCUCCUCCCCCCCCCCAUGGCUCCCAUCGCUUAUUUUUCUCGAACGUUGUCGGCGGCUGAAAGGAACUAUGCUCAAAUUGACCGGGAGGCUCUGGCGUUGGUCGCAGGAGUAAAAAAGUUUCAUGACUAUGUUUAUGGGCGGCCGAUUGAGCUUGUGACUGACCACAAGCCAUUGCUGGGGUUGUUUGCGCCAGAUCGGCAGACACCCCAGAUUUUGUCGGCCUGCAUGUUGCGGUGGGCUGUGUUCUUGUCAGCUUACACAUAUGAACUUGUGCACCGAGCGGGUAAGGCCCUGGGCCAUGCAGAUGCCCUCAGUCGGUUGCCAUUUCCGGAGCCGGCUGAAGACCCCUCGCCUGCGUAUGGUGUUAUGUUAUUGGAAGAUCUACCACAACCCCCUGUGAGUGUGGUGGAUGUGGCUGCAUUUUCAGCUAAAGAUCGCACUUUGGUGCGUGUUUUGGACUGGGUGUGGAGGGGGUGGCCAGAGGGCAAAGUCCCAGAGGAAUUCCGGCCGUACAAGUCCCGACGAGAUGAACUGUCAGCUCAUAAAGGGCGUCUACUGUGGGGAAGCCGGGUUGUGGUCCCCCCCAAGCUGCAACAGCGAGUGUUGGAAGCACUGCAUGAGGGUCAUCCGGGAAUAGUGAGAAUGAAGGCAUUGGCUCGCAGCUACAUGUGGUGGCCAAAAAUGGAUGAGGCCAUCGAAGAAUGGGUGCGGAAAUGUCAGCCAUGCCAAGAAUCAAGGCCAGCAAUGCCUCAAGCCCCAGUGCAACCAUGGGAAGUUACCAAGGAGCCAUGGUCACGGUUACACAUAGACUUUGCGGGGCCCUUUCAGGGCCAAACAUUCCUGAUUGUGGUAGAUUCACACUCUAAAUGGUUGGAGGUCAUACCAGUGACCCGCAUGACCUCAGGGGUUGUUAUACGGAACCUGCGAGCUUUGUUUGUGACCCACGGACUGCCCAACACUCUUGUGUCAGAUAAUGGAGCACAGUUUACAUCAACCGAGUUCAAGGAUUUUAUGGACAUUAAUGGAAUCCGCCAUGUUACCUCGGCCCCAUUCCACCCAUCUACAAAUGGUCAAGCGGAAAGGAUGGUGCGCACCACUAAGGACGCACUGCGGCGGAUAGUUUACGGUGAUUGGCACCAGUGACUCUCAUCCUUUUUACUAUCACAGCAUGUAACACCACAUUCAACCACUGGGAGGAGCCCAGCAGAGUUAUUAAUGAGGAGGUGCCUAACAACCCGUUUAGAUAGACUGCACCCGGAUCGUGCGGCGGAUCAGCGGCAGUCACAGGAGGCUACCAAGGCACCUCGGAUUUUCCAACAGGGGGAUCCUGUCUACACUAAGAACUAUGGGUCCGGCCCUGUGCGGAUUCCGGCUACAGUUUCUAGGCCGACCGGUCCUGUAUUGUAUGAGGUCGAGGUAGAAGGCGCAGGUAGUCUUCGCCAUCAUGUCGACCAACUUCGACAGCAGUGGCCCAUCCGGGAGGAUGAAUCAGCCAUAAGGGAAAUGGAGCAAUUGCCGGAGCAGGUCAGCAGAGAACCCGUAAUCACCUGUCCCCCUGAGGCAGUUGAAGUCCAAGUGGAAGACAGCAAGGCCAGGCCAGUAGGAGCGGAGAGUGGAACUGAGCCACGGCUUGACAUUGAAGAGACUCAGGCAGGGGACAGUCCCUAGGAGCCCGAGCUCAGACGGUCCCAGAGGGUGCAAACCCGUCCACAAUAUUUGGGAGACUUUGACUGUGGGGUUGUACGGGGGGAUGGGAAUCAGAUGUUUCAUUGUGUGUGUCACGCUCGAUGUUGUUGUUGUUUUUAUUCUCAACCGGGGUGUCCUUGGCUAAGAGGGGAGGGGUGUUGUGUAUUGAAUAGCAGGCACAACACAGGAGCAGAGUAGCCAGGAAGGAGUUAAGGCUAGGAGUGACUGUCUUAGUUAGUUUAAUUAGUUUCACCUGGAGUUU